AUGCCGACCGAGUUAACGGUUCUCGAGAGUCUCGGUCGCGCCGGGGUGGAGCAAGAGCAAGCACGGAUCCUUCGUCGGAUGAAAGAAGAUUUAAAGUUUUAUCCAAACUGGUUCCUUGACCAAGCAGACUUUGAAGGUUUGGGGGUCAUCAUCGGCCCCGGGCUCGAUGUCGACGAGACCAUUGGGGAUUUUAGCAGCACGAGAUUCUUUCGGCCAUGGGUGCCAGACGAAGUCGUCAAAGAGGCUGCUGAUGUGGCAGAAUCAACCUGGAUGGACAAGUUGGCAGCCUGGGCAUCUCAAAGCCCGGUCGAUCCACGGUUCAUCCGCGAAGGAACCGGACUCGACCUUCCCUUCCACGACUUCGAGUUCACAUACCCGUACAUCGAGAAAAUGUACAUAUCGGAGUGUGCCUACUUCCCCGUCGACAGCUCCAUACCCCACGUUGCCUGCCUAGUCCUCGAUUCGAUAGAGGCUACAAUCACAGGCGACCGGGUCCUCCGGAGCGACCUAGACUUCGCCAUCGCGAUGGUGUUGUGGCGGCUCACCCAAGGCCGGCACACCAACCACCACACCAAACCAGCCCUCAUCUACACCCUCGAGCGUGACCAGCACGCACGCAUCACGCAGGCGCACUUCGACGGCAAGCGCAACAAGCUAGUCCUACGCCAGUCGCGCCACCUCGACCUGUCUGGGCCGGAGCCGACCCCGGACGCCUUUUUGCUGCUGCGCUGGAUCGCUUGCCGGCCGGCUGGUGAGACCGAGUACGCCGAUGAGGAGGAUGCGAGCGAGGAUGAGGGUGGGCGGGGGGAGCGCUCGCCGGGGGUGGGGCCGGAGUUGUUGUCGGGGUGUGCGUGAUGGAUAUUUGGCCUGGGGGGGAGGUUGGUUUGGUUUGGGGUGGGUUGUGGCUUUUGUGCUUGGAGGAGUUGGAUGGCGGUAUGUUUGGAUUUGAUUUGCGCUUCAAGUUGUGUUAGUAUGUGGCUGGGACUUGGACAGCGGCAAGAAGCUCGCUUCAGAGAUUGUAUGAAGCCCUGACUCAGACGGGAAAGGGGCUAAGAUAGGAGAGUUUUGAGAUCGGUCUUGGACUUGCGGGGCCUACGAGGCUGCGAACUUCAGGUUGGAAGUGUAAAAACAUCUAAAAAAAGAUUUCAAUACACUGUUUCUGCGGGC